CUGCAUUUAAUUUUUUCAUGUUCACACACACACACUGAUCAAGGCAGGGAAGGCUUGGUCAUGAUAAAAUAAGAAACAGAAACUUUCAGGCUGCAGAUUAUGCACUUAAGGUUUUUUUAAAGGGGCAUCUCUACUCUCUCUCAAGUUUCAUUUGGUUAAUCUACAAAGACCAUAAAAAUGAAGCUGAUGUUCAGUAUCUCUCUUUUCCUUUUGCUGCCCUACUGUACACGUCAAACAUCAGACGUCAUAAUUGAGUCCACUCCUGCAUCAAGCAUUGGAGGUGUAAUUCAGACGGAGCUUGAGAAGACGGUGUUUCUGGUCUGUACUCUUGAAAGUGGCACUCACGACGAUAAGGAGUUGGUGUGGCUGAGGAAUGAAGCUGCUGUUGAUCUGAAGGAUGGAAACAAGGAGAAUCGCAGCAGUGUGUGCAUCAGUCCUGUCAUCAUUGAGGAUGAGGGUGCUACUUUCACUUGUCACCUGAAAAGCAACGCCUCCAACAAAGCGUCUGUCACCCUCAAUGUCACAUAUCACACAGACAUCUCUGGUUUAGAGGAGGUUACAGUAGAAGACGGGGAAUCUCUGGUCCUGCAAUGUCACAUGAGGGCCAACCCCAUGGUCACGUCGGUGACGUGGAAACUAAAUGGAAGCCUAGUGGAUCUAUUAACAAGUAGCUUCAUCAUAACCAGUGACGGCAUUACCAGCAAGCUACAGAUCAACAAAGUGGAGAGAAGCCUGCAUGAAGGCCUGUACCAGUGCACAGCAACCUCUCCCGUCUAUGGAGAACGUAGCAAGUCUUUCCAACUCACUGUCACAGAAAAGACCCUGAAGUUCCCACUUAUGCCGAUGAUAGCAGGGCUGGUGGUGGUGUGCCUCACGGCUCUUCUUGCCAUAAUUUCACGAUGGAGGAAAAUUGCACGGUGCUGCAAAUAAGUGAUCCAAAAGAACCCGGUCUUCUGCAUUUUGAUCAAGUGAGACCAACCAUGGAGGCAUCAUAUUGCUGUACAGUGCAAGAAACUCUGAUUACCAAUUUUUUUGUUAUUUCAUUUCUUUCAUUUUUGGACUUUUCACAAAGCCAGAUCAUCAAUAAAAUGAAAACCUAUAGUAGUAUUUUCUCAAAGAUCGAACCUGUAAGUCAGUGAUGGUGUUAUGUUAUGUUUUUAAAGGGGCAAAUUUUAAUAGAUCAAGACCAGAUUUGUUAUUGUUUUUCCUUCAUUCUUCUCUUUUCAUUCAUGCUACAAGCACUGUGUUGUUAUUGCUUCUUGUUUCUGGAGAAACAGUUCAAUAAGCACUUUUACUGUGAUAAAUAUUGAGAUAAACUUCAUAGUCUGACAAAAUGUGCAAGCUUUUGUAUUAGCAGUUAGGUUUAUAUAAUGAGAGAUUUCACAAUUGUUCAACAAGACAUUAAAUAAUGCAAUAUAUGUUGUAUAAUAUUAAAAUAAAUAUAAUGUAAAUAGUUAAGACAGAAAAACAAAAUUCAGAAUGAAAUUAUGUUUGGAGUCAAAUUUUGGUUUGAGAUAAAACAUUUUCCCAAUCUUGUUUUUUUGUUAUAGAAAUAAAGAUAAAGUUUUAAUGUUGGCAACAUUGUAAUAUCACAUUCACAAUUUGAGCUGUUUUUUAAGGUUGAUAGAGUAUAAUCAAGAGACAUACAACUUUUUACAAAAUGUCGUUGUUAAAAAUUCCUAUGAACUAUUACAUUUGUGUAAAAUGCUGGCAAAAUGUUUUGCAUACAUUAUUAAAGUCCAUUAAUUUAACAUAUAACCAUUCAAAGUAAACAGGCUGAUAAUAAAUGAUAAUAAAUGUAAUUGUAUAAUGUA